AAAUGGUGGACGAUAGCCUUAAUAUAACUUGUUGUGUUAUGUUGGCAGUUCUGUUCGGAAUGGAAUAAUAUACAUAUAUAUAUGUAUAUAUAACAAAUGUUGUUUAAGUCCUAAAUAACACAAAUGGAAACGAGAAAUUAGGCAAUUUUCAAAGUACAAACAUUGCCUUUAAUAAUGAAGUGACUUAGAUGGACUUACAAACAAAUGAAAUAUUUGGAAGAUUUUGUAAUUUGUUUUUGUUUAAUCCGCCGUUUGCAUACAUAAACGUUUUGUUUUAUUUUACAUACAUAUACGUUAACGAUGUCAUUAAGCAAUAAAAGCAGCAGCAUAAGCGAAAAAGAUAUCGACGAUGAAGAUAUGUUGGCACCCACCAAACUCUCAACAAAUCUUGUUGUUCGAGUCAAUCAAGAUUCUGAUGACAACUUGCAAGCCUUAUUUGAUAGUGUGUUAAAUCCAGGCGAUGCAAGGUUGCCAUUGCAGCUCCCGUUUCGUAUGCGCAAGCUACCGAAUUCGUUUUUCAAUCCACCUGCUCCUUUGCAUUCGAGAGCAAAUAGUGCUGAUUCCACAUACGAUGGCUCGCAAACCAACAUCAAUAAGACUGUCGCGCAGUCCGAAUUGCAGUCGCCCCUCCUCUCACAAAAUCAACAACCGCAGCCAUCGCAGCAGAGUCGUCUAGCCAUACAUCACUUUCGAGCACGCAGCAGCCCAGCAUCUCUUCAGCAGAACUACAACGUUCGGCCUAGAAAUGAGACAAGCGCGAACAGCAAUCAAGGUCCAGGUCCUGCAUAUCCAGAUAAUAGUGUGGAUUUCCCGAAUGCCACGGCAAACAAUAUCGACUUAGAUGUAAUCAGUACUUGCAUGGGACAACAACAAGCACAGGAGAAUCCGAUUUCAACGCAAACCAUACAUAAAAAGCAAAGAUCGUAUGAUGUUGUCAGUCCAAUUCAAUUGCAAAGUCAAUUGGGUGCAUUGCCACCCGGAUGGGAACAAGCAAAAACGAAUGAUGGCCAGAUUUACUAUUUGAACCAUACUACAAAAACUACGCAAUGGGAAGAUCCGCGAAUUCAGUUUCGCCAACAACAACGAGCAAUUGCUGAGCGGACUAAACCAAAUGAUUUAAUACAAAAUACAAAAACUAGCGCACCGACUAUUGCUAGCCACAUUGGCCCUUUACCUGAAGGUUGGGAGCAAGCUGUUACAGAGUCUGGAGACGUAUAUUUUGUUAAUCACAAUGAUAGAACAACUUCAUGGAACGAUCCAAGAAUUCAAACUGGACUUAGCGGACUGGACUGCCCCGAUAAUUUAGUAUCGUCUCUCCAGAUUGGCGAUAACAUUUGCAGCAAUAUUUUUAAUGAUGCCCAAACUAUCAUUAGUACACCGUCUUCCCACAAACCUGACGAUUUGGAAUGGUAUAAAAUAAAUUAAUACAUUUUUAUGUGUAAAACCAUUUAAUUAGAUAUUAAAGUUUUAUAUUUUGUAUUAAAAAAUAAAUAUUUUUGCAUAUA